AUGGAUAGCAAAGUAAUAGUCGUUCAGGUGUCUAAGGAAUUGAAUCUAGAUGAACGUAUUAAUGAUGGGACAGUAACCAAACGAUGGAUUUUGGAAACAUUGCAUGGGAAAUCAAAUCGUUUCGACCGAUUAAGGCACGAACAUUCAGUUCAGAAGGUGGGAAUACAGAAAAAAAAUAUAUUGUUUUAGAUUGUAUAUACUUCAAAAGGGGACAAUGAAAAUAAUCUGUUUGACGGGAGAGUGGCCAUACAUUUUGAUGGGACCAAGAAAUUGUUUGAAGUUUGCAUGAAGGUAGGUUUUUCUUAAGAUGACCUAAAAAGUUCUUGUAACCUGUAUUACAGCGGGAUGACAGUCUAUCAAUCCAACAAGAUAUCAAGUUUUACAAAUUCAUUGGAGAACGCUACAAGAAUAUGAGAUUUCCAAAGAUCUAUGGCUACAAAGUGGAGAAUAGAAGAAACGGCAGACGACUCAGCGACUUUUUCCUUUUUGAUUUAAAAGCUAAAGAAAACGAGGAAUCCAAGGAAAAGGGAUGUGUUCUGAUGGGUGAAUUCGAAGGUGUCACCUGUGAAGUGGGCCAAGGAUUCUCCAUAAACCAAUCUCUCCACAUCAUGGUCGAGAUGGCUAGAUUCCAUGCAUUCACAUUAUAUAUUCCCGAUUCAAACAAAGUCCUCAAAGAAUUCAAAAAAGAUGGCAGACAUCUGAUCCAUCGGGAAGACCUGUUAGAUCUCAUCAAAGGGUUUGAUCAGGAAUAUUAUAAUGCCAAUAAGAGUAGUUUCAGCCACUUGAUGAAGGAGGCCGCUCACACAAAUCUUAUUCUACAUGGUAACUUACGAUAUUUGAAAUAAAUCAGCUUAUGAUUACAGGAAUCCCGAAUGUAAUUAUCCAUGGAAGUCUCUGCACUGACAGUAUUUACUUAAGAAAAAAUCAAAAUGGACAUAAAGAAGGAGAUACCAUCUCUUUUGUAGAUUGGAGUAAAUGCCAUACUAGUGAGUAAAUACACAGCCUCAAAGGCUAUUUUAGACUUGGGAAUGGUGGACGUUAUUAGAUUCACUCUUGUUAACACUAGUUCCAACGUCCAGAAGAUGUGUAUGGAGAGAUUCUUAAAGAUUCACCAUGAUACGAUGAAGAUUGAACUUAAGAAAUAUAAAGUUUCAUUCGAUUAUGACUUUGAAUCAGUAGGUUGAACAUUUCGUUAUUGAUAAUUUUAGGUGAAACAGACAUACAGAGCCGUGUUUCCCAUCCAACUUGUCUAUUCAAUCACUCGCUUAAUCAACUCCUACAAGAAUAAUCCGAAAGAAGAUGCUAAAGUUUCCGUUUUGGAUCGUAUCAAGGGCGGAGUUGAUAUAUUCAAAAAACUUUACGAUUGCUGA